CCACGUUCUAACACAGACCAAAUGUAAUUAUCACAUUGCACUUCACCUGUCUAAAGUACAUUGGAGUGCUUUUUGAUGCUGUCUAGCAUUGUUGUUUGCUUCAUGUCAUUUAGCAAAGACCACCUCAUAUCAGUUAUGGGUUCCUGUUUCCACUGAAUUCCAUUAAGGUUGUUAAGGACAGUGGAUACUGUCAUUUAAUUCAUGUGCAACAUCUUUGAAAAAAAAUUUUGAGCCUUUAUAUAAUUCUACCAUCCCAUGUUAACACUGACUACAGGGGAUUAAUCUGAGACAUGGACUCGGGCAUUUACAAGGAUCUUCAAAAAUGCCACAUGUAAAUGAAUGACAGACCUGAUUAAAGAAUUUUCCCUUUUUCGAGGUUCUCCUUUAGGCCCUCAUCUCAGUGCUUAUAAUUUUUUUAAUGUCAAUUUCACCUCUGCCUUAUUUCCACAGUCUCUGCUUACUGAGGCGACAUGUGCAGUGAAAAAUCAGACAUUUCAGUCCCUGUCACAUCUAAAGAUGUCUGAAUACGGCUUGAAUAAGAAAUUUACAUCGAUGAUCAUUAAGAAAGGAAGAUCUGAUGAAGAUGUUGCUACCCACUCAGGUUUACUUCAGAAGUUUUCCAAGGUUAUUAAACAAUUCCAUCAUGAAGAUCUCCUCAGGAUAACUGAAUACUACAAGCCCCAGUUGGCCUAUGUGAUUGAAUAUGAUAUCACCAGCAUUUUACAGAACCUUGUUACCAAGCAAAUCCUCACCAAUGAUGAAGCAAAGAAGUGUAAAACCGAAGAAAAGGCUGGGAGGCGAGUGGGAGUGGAAUACUUUAUCAAAAAUAUGAUGAAGAAGGACAGACAGGUGCUGGUCAGCUUGUGGGAGGCACUGGGUGAAGAACUUGUGAAAUUUCCAUCACCAAAUAUGACAAGAAUAUUGGAGGAGGUGACAGAUAUGGGACUGGACGUCCUUUUGGAAAUUCAGUCCAGCCCAAUUGAGCCUCUUAUUGAAGAUCUUCAUAAGAUACACAGGAAGGCUAUAUCUAAAUCCACAAGAACCCUGGAGGAUCAGCCUUCUUCUGGAGAUCCAUGCCCCAGAGUUAUGAGUUUUGAGACUAGAUACAUAGAGCUUAUGAUCUUUAAACAGUACAGAAAAACCUAUUGUGAGACUCAACAUGAACUUCUGAAGACUGGGAGGACUCAUGCAGAGCUAGUGGAGGAGCGGACAAAGGAGAAAUGUGAGCGACUGUGGAUUCAGCAGCUUUUCAGAAGGAAUCCUGAAUGUGAGACUUUCCCCAACAUAGUGGUGGUCAGUGGAGUGGCUGGAAUAGGGAAGACCACCAUGGUCCAGAAGAUCUUGUUUGACUGGAGCAGAGGUACCCAUCACCAGAAGUUUGCAUUUGUGUUCCUGUUUAAAUUCAGGGACCUCAACCUCCUGGACAAUGAGAAUGAGCCACAAAUGCCUCUGACCAGGCUAAUUGUAAGGCAUUAUUCAUAUCUCAAUGACCCAAAACUGAGAGAAAUCUUGAAGAAACCUGAAACCCUCCUCUUUAUAUUUGAUGGCCUAGAUGAAUACAAACACCAACUGGACUUCACACAGAAGAAACUCUGCUCAGACCCAGAGACUUUCUUUCCUGUCCACGUUCUGAUCACCAGCCUUGUCAGUCAGACAUUACUGAAGGGCUGUACAAUUCUGAUCACAAGCCGACCAACAGCCUUGGAGACCAUUGAUAUGACAAGAGCGGAUCGAUUUGCAGAGAUCCUGGGGUUCUUCCCUGAACAAAGGCUGAUGUACUUUAAGAGAUUCUUUGGUGACACUGAUCUGGGUACUGAGGCGUUUCUGUACAUUGAGGAGAAAGACAUCCUCUACACCAUGUGCUUCAACCCUUCCUAUUGCCAGAUUAUCUGCUCUGUGCUGAAGAGCCACUUCAACAAACCUGAAGAAGAGCGAGGAGCAGCCCCCAGUACUGUAACUGAGCUCUUUGUGAUGUUUCUUCAGAACAUUCUCACCAAUCACAAGCGAGACGCUGAGGACCAGCAAGGAAUUUUGGUAAAACUGGGAAAGAUGGCUUAUUAUGGGAUUGUCAACAAGAUGCUUGUUUUUUAUGACCACAAUGAGAUGUCUACCUUUGGGCUCCAGCCACUCCUGCCCUCAUCGUUUCUCUCUGGGUUUCUCAAAGAAAUUUUGCAGAAGGAAAGCACUUUAGAGCAUACAACAUACACAUUCUUCCACCUCACCCUGCAGGAGUUCAUGGCUGCCUGCUGCUUCUAUCUUGACCCGUUAGUGGCUGUCGAGGAGCUGCUUAGGAAGCUUGAUUCAUGUGAAGAUGGACGAUUUGAGAUAUUCACUCGAUUCUUGGCAGGACUUGCCAGGUAUGAUGUGUUUAAAAAACUGGAGGGAAUCAUGGGGAAAUUUAAGAUGAAGAAUGCAAAGCAGAUAUUGAAAUGGAUAAAGCAGAAAGCUGAAAGGGCUAUUCAGGUUGGAAAUAAAAGUGAAGCUCUGCGAGUGUGCCAGUGGCUCUAUGAGAGCCAGAAUCGGAACUUAAUCAGAGAUGCCAUAGGGAAGGAUUUAAAGAUGAACUUCAGUGGGGUAACUUUAUCUCCUCUGGAUUGUGCUGUGCUGGGCUCUGUCAUCAGCUGCUGUGGUGAACUUCAAGAACUUGACAUAUCAGACACAAAUUUCACUGCAGAGUGCAUUGGGAGACUGAAACCAGGUCUCAUCCGCUGUAGACGUGUCGUGAUGGAGGGAAGCCGUCUCACUGCUGAAUACUGUGAGGCACUCUUCUUGUUGCUCUCUGCUGAAUACUCACGUCUGACUGAGCUGCAGGUGGGAUACAAUACACUGGAGGAUUCCGGAUUGGGUCUGCUGUGUGACGGGAUGAGAAAUUCAAACUGUAAAUUAGAGGAACUGGGGUUGCCAUCAUGUGGUCUCACCUCUGGGUGUGGUGCAGCACUGUCUGCGGCUCUGUCUUCUAGACACUCAUGUCUGACUGUGCUGUACCUGAGAGAUAAUAAAAUAGAGGAUUCAGGAAUAUGCCAGUUGUGUGAGGGGCUGAAGAACCCAAACUGUAAAUUAAAGACAAUAAAUCUGCGGUCUUGUGGUCUCACGUCUGGAUCUUGUGAGACUCUCUCUUCAGCUCUCUCUACUGGACACUCACGUCUGAUUGGUCUGAAUCUGAGAGAAAAUAACCUGGGGGACUCAGGAAUGUGUCUGCUGUGUGAGGGGCUGAAGAACAAAGACUGUAAAUUGGAGACAAUCAAUCUGUCAUCAUGUGGUCUCACCUCUGGAUGUUGUUCGGCCCUCUCCUCGGCUCUCUCUACUGAACACUUAAACCUGACUGAACUGUGGCUGGCAAAAAAUAAACUGGAGGACUCUGGAGUGUAUCUGCUGUGUGAGGGGCUAAGGAACCCAAACUGUAAAUUACAAAAACUAGGUCUGUCAUCAUGUCAUCUCACCACUGGAUGUUGUUCUGCUCUCUCCUUGGCUUUCUCUGCCAAACACUCCAAACUGACUGGAGUGUGGCUGGGAUACAAUAAACUGGAGGAUUCAGGAGUGAGUCUGCUGUGUGAGGGGCUGAGGAAUACAGAUUGUAAAUUAGAGAAACUCUGGCUGGAGUCAUGUGGUCUCACCUCUGGAUGUUGUCAGGCUCUUUCCUCAGUUCUCUCUACUGGACACUCGAACCUGACUGAGCUGGAGCUGAAUUUCAAUAAACUGGAUGAUUCAGGAGUGCAUCUACUAUGUGAGGGGCUGAGGAACGCCAUCUGCAAAUUAAAGAAACUGGAGGUGAGAGGUAAUAAGAUAAGUGAAGAUCAGAAGAGGAACCUGAAGUCAUUAGAAGAGGAGAUGAUCAGAUUAGGAGUGCGGGUAGAGAUCAUCACAUGAGAAAAGCAGCGUUGGAGACCAAACCAACCCAAUGAUGACACCUCCUGUCAGUUCACUUUCUCACUGAACCAACUGACUUUUAAGCUUUGAUCUUUCUUCUACAUUUCUUCUGACACAAGAGUUGAGCCUUGGCCAAAAUGGUCACUCCUUACUUGUAGUGAUGAGCCACUGAUUUACAACGAUUGAAUUAGCAGCAACAAUACACCAUAGUUUUACAACCAGCAAAAUUCUCAUCUUCAGCUGUCUUCUUCAUGUGCAAAAACAUGCAGACAUAUUUUCUGGUGUGCGGCAUGUGCAUAAUUGGAUUAGCGAAGUUGUACUGACAAAGCUCAGUUUUGUGCCCAAUAUUUUUAUCUUUUUUUGUUUAAAUCGAUUAUUUGUGUAGGGACAGGACCACCACAUUACACUGGUUUUUUUCUUCUUAACACCAUGCAUACCCAACCCUCCAUUAACACUCUCGAGAACGUGAAAUUGACCAACAGCACACAAAAACACACGUCAAGGGGGGGAACUGCCUAGAAGUGCCAUAAAGAGAGCCGGUGCAGAGCAUGGGAAGCACAAGUGCACAAGGUGCUUCUCAGCCAAACAUCUUAUAUAAUAAUAUGACUUUGUCUGGAGUAAUAUAAUGUACUUUUCUAAAAUAAGCAAUAAUACUACAGUUACCUUAACCUGAAAAGUAAUAAUAUUACCCUUUUAACAAGCUACAUGUGUUAUCAACAGCACCCAGCAGACACUAUUCUUUUACUGUUCUAUCAAAUAGUCACAGAACAGUCGCAAAACAAUAAAAGACGCAGCAGACUUGACUACUCAAAGCAAGUCUGCAGAGCUGUUCCACCUUCCCUACUACAAAAUCUUUUCACUUUAUACAGUGCCCUCCAUAAUGUUUGGGAUAAAGACACAUUUUUCCUUGAUUUCCCCCUCUGCUUCCCAGUUUAAUA